UAUGGGUAAAACAUACGGGAUUCGAUGUCUUUCAUUCGUCUAAAUCGAUAUUAUUCUGACUAAUCAAGCGCGAGAACAGCGAUUUGCGGAGUAUCUUCUCGUGUAUAAAGUGAGGCGGUGUUUGCUUUUGGCAUAUUUCGACGCGAUAUCAUGGCAUAGUCGGCGGUCGAGGUUGAUGACAAAAUAAUAUAGGAGUUAAUAAUAUAUAAGGAAGGUGGGAUAUUAGCAUAUUCAUGAGUAAAGUAUUGUCAUAUGUCUUAGCAAUCAAAUAUUCAUAUGCUAGAAAUUAUCACUUUUGUGUAGCUGCGUGGAAUUCACAUGCGUAAAAGCGAAUAGAAAUGGGGAAAAUCUCGCGAAUGGCUUUAUAAAGACAAUUGGAUGCUAACUUGGAACAGUUAAGCGCGUGUGCUGCCGUAACAAAGGAUCCGAGUUGAUGAUGAUUUCAUAUCGAUUGGCGUAGUUUAGCCCACUGGCACAAGAGUGCAGUCGCUCAUAACGAUGAUACGCUGUCUCAAGUCAAAACAUACCAAAUAUAAUGCGAAUUGAGUUUUACCCCAACGUGUAUCAGCUUGAGACUUAAAUCGAUAUAGAUAUCGAGUAUGGAAGGGAAAAAAAUACGGCUGUGGACGCUGGCAUCGGUGUUUUGAAAUAUUCUUUGAAACUGCGAUAAAUAGUCAUGUUCUUCAAAGGAUGGUGAUGCACGGUGUCUUCAAAUUGCGAUUAUGAAUGAGAACUUCCCCGGUAAUUAGCGUCUACUUAUUUUGUGUGUAUGUGCUCUUUCUCUACAGCCAAAAUUUUGGAUUCUUGGAAGUUCUAUAAUAAUUACGUAUCCCGGAUUCAUUAUAACCGGCAUUCAUAAGUGAAUGGAAUAUGUCGACAAUAAAAAGAGCCUAUAUGGAGAUAUCCAACGGAAUACGUGGAUUGCGGUUUAGGAGCGAGCAGCAAUCCCAGCAAAACACCAGUGCUGCCCAGGGACCCCAGGGGAGUCGAGAGACCCAACUGCCCCAAAGGUUUAAUGUUAACGGGAAUGGGACCAUGAAUGUCAGAAUCGUUCGGUCACCCAAGCCUCUGAUUGCCAGAAAAAUACGGAGCCUGUUCAGUAAAAGCCAACCAGAUACAAUUUCGGAACUGUUCGCAGACGAGCGUUUUUUGUCCAAGUUCUUUUUUUAUUUUGCUCCGGAGGAACGUGGGACGCUCUGCCAGGUGUGUAGAUUAUGGAAAAACGUGCUUUAUCAUCCCAAAUUCUGGGUGGAUGUCACCCCAAUCAUUGUCUGUCGUGAGCUUAGUCGCAACGAUGAUCAGAGGUGCAGGUUUUACGAAAGUCUACAACACAGAGGGUUCGACACAGUGUGCCUCUUUGGCGCCACAGACAACGAAGUUUCGGAUUUUGUUGCUCAUUUUCAAACGUACAAAAAGCAAAUAAAAGCUGUAAGUCUUCGCUGCUCAAAUGUGACAGAUACGGGUAUGGAAGUUUUAUUCAAGAAGCUGCCUUGUUUAUACAAAGUUGAAUUAUCAGGGUGCAACGAAAUCACAGAAACGGGGUUAUGGUCCUGUUUGAACCCGAAAAUCGUUUCCCUGACAAUCAGUGACUGCAUAAACGUCGCAGACGACACAGUGGGGGCCAUUGCACAAUUACUUCCGUCUCUGUUUGAACUGAAUCUGCAGGCCUACCACGUGACUGACGCUUCCUUGGCCUUUUUCAGCGCCAAGCAGGGCUAUAUUCUUUCCAUUUUGAGACUACAUUCCUGCUGGGAGAUCACUAAUCACGGUAUUGUCAACAUUGUACAUUCCUUGCCCAAUCUGACGGUGCUGAGCAUGUCGGGUUGUAGCAAAAUCACAGACGAUGGGGUGGAACUGAUCGCCGAAAACCUCAGAAAACUUCGUUCCUUAGAUCUGUCCUGGUGUCCUCGUAUUACCGAUGCCUCGUUGGAGUACAUAGCUUGUGAUCUUAGCCAACUGGAAGAACUCAUUCUCGACAGGUGUUCUCGCGUAUCGGAUAUUGGUGUCGGAUACCUGUCCACGAUGACGUCACUGCGCCGGUUGUUCCUACGCUGGUGUACUCAGAUCAGAGACUUUAGCCUAAAGCAUAUCUACUCAAUGAGAAACCUGCGCGUACUGUCUCUUGCAGGAUGUACUCUGGUGUCUGGACAAGGGCUCUGCGGUCUCACGCAGUUGCACAAUUUGGAUGAACUGGAACUGACGAACUGUCCCAGUGCAACACGGGAAGUGUGUCUCUACCUCCGGGAAAAUAUGACCCACUGUCUGGUUGUGGACUGAAAAACUCCACCCAACAAUACGUGUUCGAUCUUACUGGAAUCUCCGGGUAAAAAAAAAACCCCACUCGUUAUCACGUGACCUGUUCAAAUUUUUGCAAGAUCACAUGAGAUUUUCAAGUUUUGUAACAACUUGCUUGGCAGUGCUUGCUUUUUAUCCAAACUCAGGAAAUGGACGGACGAGGCGGCCGGAUAUUACAAUCCUACACCUGAGAAUACAUAUCGUCCUUUUGUGACUAAAGACAUCGACAGCAUAUUUUUUUUUUAAUAAAAACAGUUUCUACGACCCACCCACCCCUUUUUCAUUAUCCUCUUUUUUUAUGCGAUUCCUUCAAAAUAUUUUAUACAUGUACAUUCAAAUUUCCGCCUUUUGUCUUCUUCCUUUUUUUUGACAAACUUAAUUUAUCUUAUCACUGGAAAUAAAAAAAGGAAAAAAUA